AUGGCCGUGCCUCUCUUCAACCUCGCCCCCAAUCUUACCGACUCUGAGUCUGAUUCUUUGGCCCUCCCUCUUAUCCUCAAAUACAAAUUCAUUCUUCGCGCAGGGACGAUAACUUUCGGCAAGCAAAACACGUUUCCGGAGUCAUUUGGCCUCCUAGACCAAGCUUUCCUGUCCGGCAUCAAUUUCUUCGACUCUACAGAAAUGUAUCCAGUGGUUCAGCGAGCCCAGACUCAGGGUCAGGGGAGGAGCGAGGAACGUCGUUUUGGCCACCAAGGUUGUGAAGUAGCUCUGAGAGUAUCAGUUCAUGCUGACCAUGGUGUGCCAGCUUGGUUUUCACUUCUAAUGUGUGAAAAUUUGUUAUGA